CCUAACCGACCUGAUCCUCCUCUCCUUCGUACUCCGUACGGCUGCUCCCAUUCCCAUCUUCUCCCACCCCCGUCGAUUGUGUUCAUUCGUCUACUCGCACCGUUUCGUUUCUUCUUCCUACGACCGAAUUGUACGACGCCAUCCCCAUUCCACCGUGUUUCGCCGCGGUGGCACAACACACACUCACACACAACUCGUACUUACACCACACACACACCUACCUCACUCACUCACACUCGUUUUCGACCCGCCUUACCUUACCUCACCCUAGGUCACUGCCGCAUCCUCCUCUCCAUCAUCAAUCCGCCUUCGACUCUUCGCCCCCCCUCCCCCGUUUAAACCUCCCAUUUCCACCCAAGAAACGUCAACCUCAAUCUUCACCACUGCCAUUGCGCCCAUUCUCGGUCCUCUACUCGUCGUAGAGUGACCGCAUCGCAGCCAUGCGUCUCGGAUCAGCCGGCCUCGCGGCCCUACUCUGGUCUUCCUUAACCACCGCCUUUCCUUUCGUCGAUAAUGGCAGCAAACCCUUGCCUGUCCUCCGACCUCGACAAACCGGUACCGGCUCAACGCCAACCUCCACGACACCCGUAGCCACGACCGCGGCAGCCACGACCCCGGCAGCCACGACAGCAGAGACCUCAGCCGCGGCAGAGGCCACCACCACCGUUACCAUCACGACCACCGUGGGCGGCGGCGGCGGAGGAACAGUCACGUCGACCACAGUUUUCUUGCGUACAGUUACCACGACCGUUGUCGUCACAUCUACGACCUUCCAGACCACCACCAUUACCAGCAACGAUGUCGCGACCGCCACCGUUACCAACUAUGUCACCUCUACCGUCCUCGCCAAGCGCAGUCUCAACUUCCUUCCCGCCCUCGACGCUCCGUUCGACGCCCCCGCUGCGCAAAUCACACCCGCCGCCGAAGGCAACGAUCUCCGAAGAUACGGCGUCAUCGAGAAGCGCGCUCUCGUCACCGUGACCGUCACCGUUUCCGGCUCAGCUGGCGCUGAUUCGACUUUUCUUGCCACUCGAACCAGCACCGUUCUCCUUACCACGACCUCGAACACAAUUCUCACCUCCAUGGUCACCAGCACCCUUUUCAACAACGCCCAGACCACAAUCACCGUCGAGUCCACCUUGACCGUCACCUCCACGUCCAUCGACACCGCCGCGCCCACCACCGUUGACAGCGGCCCGACGACCGGCAGCCUCGGUACUGCCACCGCGACCGGCGGCGCGCAGAGCACGGGCGACUCGAGCAGCGGCGGCCUUUCCACCGGCGCACAGGCCGGAAUCGGUGUUGGUAUCGGUAUCGUCGGACUCGCUGCCCUUAUUGGAAUCGGAUACUGGCUCUACAAGCGCCGCAAGGCCAACCGACCCUCCCGCGCCGAUCUCGACGACAUGCGCGCUUACGAUCCCAACGGCCCCGGCCUCGGCGGACCCGGCGCAAGAAUGUCCGAGACGGGAGCUGGAUAUGGUGGUGCUGCAGGGGCCGCUGCGCUCGGAGCGGGUGCGGGAACGCAGAGACGGCAGCCCGUGCCCAAGCAUCAGCUCUCGCCGCCCUCGCAGAGCGUGAGCCCAAUGACGAACAGCACUGUCUCGCCCGCGGGUGCCGGAUACGGUUCCCGCCCGCCAACGGGUGGCGCGCAGGAGCUGGGCGGAACGAGGAUCCUACCCGCAGAGAUGGGAGGAGAUGAGGUCGUUGAGAUGGGUGAAUCGCAGCCCAGACCGCAGCAGCAGUCGAGACCUGCGCCGGGGUUGGCGUAUAACUCGGGUCCCGUGCCGGAUGUCUACGAGAUGCCUACCGAGAGGUAUCGGUAAUGCUAUAAUCUCUUUUGUCACGAGUUUGUAAGCUUUUUUUGUGGAAGAUUGAAGGAAUUCAAAGAAGGAGGAAGAUCUAGGGGGAAAUGCAUAUAAGAAUCAACCAGAGGAGGGAUUGUCAUUUACCUGGACAUUUUUGAGAAGGCGUUGCAUCGAGUCCCAUGCGGGACAGAUUGUUAUCAGAAACAGUCAAGGAAAGCAGGUUUCAAAAAAGAAAUAAGACUGCUUUGGGGGGGCGGGUGUAUUUCCACGUAGAGGAUAUUCGAUAGAUAAUCUUCGUAAUGUGUACGACAAGGAAAGAUUUGCGUCGUAA